AGCUUCUAGAAGGAGGGAGGAAAGGUACCCAGACGGACAACGACCAUCCACCCAGGCCUUCCAGAGACACCAGCCAUGGCCAGUCUGAAGCCAGCUCUCCUCCUCGCACUCCUCCUGGCAAUCUCUUAUCAACUCGUAGCAGCAUCGCCUCCCACCGUUCCAAGGGAGUGUUGCUUCAGCGUGAAGAAGGGACGCCCUCUUCCUAUUAGAGAUAUUGUGUCUUACUACUGGACUCCCAGCGAAUGCUACUUAAGAGCUGUUGUCUUUGUUAUGAAGCGUGGCUCUAUGGUAUGUCUUGAUCCCGAUACACGUUGGGUCAGAUCGGCAAUCAGACGCUUGCCAGAGAAAAACCAGAAAUGAAAAAGAAAAGUCCUCCCUGUCGUGAAGGAAGAGAAAUGACAACUCCCAUUGUUUACAGCAACUACACUUCUGCUUCUCUG